UCAGACAAAAAACCUGUUUGAAUGUCUCUCUCGUGUUCUCAUUGUCUCGGCUCUAGUUCGAAAAUGUCUGUCGGUCAAGAAAAUGUCUAUCCUGUCGAAGUUCCUGGGUCGCGUGCUUGCUUAUAUGACCUUUUAUGUUCUGACACACCAAGAUGGACUCUUCAAAUGGAUUUGCAGACAUCUUCUUCUUCUGGUAAUACCUAAAACACGACUUCCUGCAAUGCAGCUUUCUCUACAUAUUAUGCUAGUUGCUGGGAUUUUUCUACUCUAUUUCCACCUCUACUCCUAUCAAUUAGUAUAUGAUAUUGUCUACUUGGGCCCUGCUAGUGUUUGUUGGAAGUCCUGUUUGACAUUUUCAGAUCCUCGAGAUCGGUUGGAGAAGUUGAUGAAGCAACCUGGUAAUAAAUAUUGUGCUGACUGUGGAUCUCCCAAACCGAAAUGGGUAUCUUUAAACCUCGGUGUAUUCAUCUGCAUUAAGUGUUCUGGUGUACACAGAAGCCUUGGUGUUCACAUAUCAAAGGUUUUAUCAGUUAAGCUAGAUGAGUGGACAGAUGAUCAAGUUGAUAUGCUCGUAGGGUGCGGUGGAAACACUGCUGUGAACCAAAGAUUCGAAGCUUGCAACAUCGACCAGUUAAAGAAACCCAAACCUGAUUCCAAUAAUGAGGAACGCAAUGAUUUCAUCAGGAAGAAAUAUGAGCUGCACCAGUUUAUGGAUCCAAAAGAUAGUGAUUUGUGCUCUCACCAGCAGCCUAGCAGAGUAAAUAAUCCACCAGCGUCUUUAUGUUCUUCUAGCCACCGUUCUGCGAAAAACCGUAUUGGUCAUGCUCUCAGGAAUAGCUGGGGAAGAAGAGAAUCUGAUCAAAAAGGCACAAAGAAGAGCAAUUCUCUGGCAGGUAUGGUUGAGUUUGUUGGAUUGAUUAAGGUUAAUGUGGUUAAAGGAACAAACCUUGCGGUUCGAGAUGUGAUGACCAGUGAUCCUUAUGUCAUCCUUUCUCUUGGCCAACAAUCGGUAAAAACAAGGGUGAUCAAGAACAACUUGAAUCCUGUGUGGAAUGAGACGUUGAUGCUUUCGAUACCUGAGCAGGUGCCUCCUCUCAAAGUGCUAGUGUACGACAAGGACAAGUUCACGACGGAUGAUUUCAUGGGAGAGGCAGAGAUAGACAUAGAACCAUUGGUGAGUGCAGCAAUAGAGUACGAGACAUCAACCAUAAGAGAAACGAGGCGGCUGGGGAGUUGGCUGGCGUGCAAAGAGGAUACAUCGGUGAGUGAUGGAAUAGUCUCACAUGAAGAAGUGAAAGUGAAACAAGACAUUUCACUAAGGCUUCAAAAAGUGGAGAGAGGUGUUCUUGAGAUCCAGAUUGAAUGUCUUCCACUAACUCAAUGAUAAACACUUUCGUUUUCUCCCUCGUUUUCUUAUUGUU